GAGGUGGAGGAGAAGAGGGCGAGGAGGAGGAGGAGGACGACGACGAAGAAGAAGAAGAGGGCGAGGAGGAGGACGAGGAAGAGAUGGAGGAGGAGGAGGGAGGUAGCGGCGAUGGAGAAGAGCGAGGAGGACGACGGCGAAGGAGGAGGAGGCCCCGACGAUGGCGGAGGAGGAGGAAGAAGAGGAGGAGGAGGAAGAAGAGGAGGAGGAGGUGGAGGGGGAGAAGGAGGACGACGAAGAGGAGGAGGAGGAGGAGGAGGCCAUGAUCAAUGAAGAGGAGGAGGAGGAGGAGGAACGGGAGGAGCGCCCGACGAUGGACGACGAGGAGGAGGGGGCCGCGGACGACGAAGAGGGGGAGGAGGAGGAAGAAGAGGGGGAGGCCUACCUUCUAUUUCAGAAUAUCUAUGCGAUGAAGAUGAAGAGAGGGGCCCGGUACUGUCAACUUCGCAGAAAUCGCUUUUUUUUCCACAGCGAUGACGGGGCGGAACGACGAGAGUGGAGAAGGGACUGGCGGGACAACGAGGUGGAGGAGAAGGAGGAGGAGCAAGAGGAGGAAGUGGAGGACCAUGAGGAGGAGGAGGAGCAGGAGGAAGAAGAGGAGGAGGAGGAGGAAGAAGUGGAGGAGGAGGUGGAGGCGGAGAAGGAGGACGACCAAGAGGGGGAGGAGGAGGUGGAGGAGGAGGACGACGAUGAAGAGGAGGAGGAGGAGGAGGAGGAGGAGGCCCAAUGUCAAUGAGGAGGACGAGGAGGAGGAGGAGGAAGAAGAAGAGGAGGAGGAGGAAGAAGAGAAGGAGGAAGAAGAGGAGGAGGAAGAAGAGGAGGAGGAAGAAGAGGAGGAGGGUCCGAUGAUGGAGGAACUUUCCCGCCAAUGUGCCCCGUCAUCGCCGAUCAAUCAAUCAAUCAAUCAAUCAAUCAAUCAAUCAAUCAAUCAAUCAAUCAAUCAAACAAUC